AUGGAGAACAAGACCGAGACCAAGACCGCCGCCCAACAAGGUUCCGACGAACUGUUCGGCGCCAUGCAAGCCUCGCCCGACGGGGCUCCCAGUCCAGGCCAAGGAAGCUCGUACCAGUUCGAGGCUGGCUGGCGCAUGAUCGACAGGUUCGUGAUUAAAAACGGCCGUCUCGACGCCGCCCCGCGGGCAUCAUGA